AUGAGCAAUCAUCCUUACCGUUCACUUCCAUAUCCUUUAAAGGAAAUGAAUCAGGAUGAUAACAAUUUAAACGAAAUUUCGCAAGGCAUAGAAGGUUUACAAUUACCACCAAAUCAUAAUAAGGAUUAUAAUAACGUACAACCAUCUCAAGGUAACAUAAAAAAUCAAACUAUACAUCACUUACCAUCUCAUUUAGUUCCAAAUAACAAUUUAUCUCCGAAAUUUCAAUCUUCCCCAAAUAAACCUUCAUUUUCUACCAUUCCAUAUCCUACUGAAGAAAAACUGUUACCACCAUAUUUUGAUUCCAAAGAAAGUGUUGUUAUGUCUCCUCCUUCAAAUCCACUUUCAGCUACAUCAUCAGUUACAAAUUUAAAUUUAAAUUUAGAUACAUUAGACAAUAAUAAUUUUAAACACCAAAGAAAUUUGUCUUCUAGCUCGUCCAUUUUUAAUGAUUCAUCACUGGUGGUUGAUUUUAAUCAAAAUCUAAUACAACUGUAUUUAGGUUCUAAUUCAUCAAAUUUGAUUCCUAGGAUUAAGACAUUAGAAUUAUAUAGAAAAAAUGCUAGGAAAUCCAAUGAUCCAAAAGUUUUAUUUCAAUACGCACAAUAUUUAUUACAAACUGCAUUAGUCAUUGGAGAAUCUAGUGCUUCAACAUCGCCACAACUUUCUCCGAAAAAUAGUAAAAAUAAAUCACCUGACAAUGAAAGUGAUGGUUUGAAAAAAGCUUUAUUAAAAGAAGCUUUGCAUUAUUUAAAGAAAUUAUCAGAUAAAGGUUAUGUUGAAGCUCAAUAUUUAUUAGGUGAUGCAUAUUCUUCUGGUGCUUUAGAUAAAAUUGAUAAUAAAGAUGCAUUUGUAUUAUUUCAAUCUGCUGCAAAACAUGGUCAUGUUGAGUCCGCUUAUAGAACCUCCUUUUGUUAUGAAGAAGGAUUAGGUACCGGUAGAGAUGCAAGAAAAGCAGUUGAAUAUUUAAAAAUUGCUGCUGCUAAAAAUCAUCCUGCUGCAAUGUACAAAUUAGGAGUUUAUUCAUUUUAUUCAAGAAUGGGUUUACCAAAUGAUAUGAAUACAAAAAAGAUGGGUAUAAAAUGGUUAACAAGAGCUACUAAUGUUGCAACUGAAUUAACUGCUGCUGCACCUUUUGAAUUGGGUAAAUUAUAUUUUAAUGGAUUUGCUGAUAUAGUCAUACAAGAUAAAAAAUAUGGUUUAGAAUUAUUUGCUCAAGCUGCAGCUUUAGGUCAUAUUGAAUCUUCAUAUAUAUUAGGUAAAGCUUAUGAAGAAGGUUCAUUAGUUCCACAAGAUGCUAAUUUAUCAGUACAUUAUUAUACUCAAGCUGCUUUAAGAGGAGAUCCAAAUGCUAUGCUUGGUUUAGUAGGUUGGUAUUUAGUUGGCUCAGAUCCUUUUCUUACAAAAGAUGAAAAUGAAGCUUUUGAAUGGGCAAAACGUGCUGCUUUAUGUAAUUUACCAAAAGCCCAAUUUGCAUUGGCUAAUUUUUAUGAAAAAGGUAUAGGUUGUACAAAAGAUUUAAAAGAAGCUCAAAAUUGGUAUAUUAAAGCUGCCGAAAACGGUGAUGAAAAAUCCAUGUCAAGAAUUAAUGAUAAAGAAUUAAUCAAAAAAAUUCAAAAAGACUGGAAAAAGAAACCCUUAGAUUCUAAUUCUGCAACAGAAAAAGAUUGUGUAAUAAUGUAA